AUGCCGCCCCGCAGGCCGAAAACGACGCGACGACCCGCGGGCGCGUCCUCCCGGGGGAGGGCGCCCGCGACGGAACCCUCGUGGGCGCACUCGCAGGCGAUCGAGCUCUUGAACGACGCGAAGCUCGCGACCGACGCGAGCGCGAAGACGUCCGCGCUCAAGGCGCUCACGGAGCUCGUCCUGCGAAAAGAUCCGAACGGACUCCUCGCCGAGUUCCUGACGCCGCUCCUCGAGCUCCAGGUGGACCCGACGCCGGCGGCGCGCAAGUACGUCGCGAGCCUGUGCGAGGAGGUGGUCGUGAGCCACCCGGAUCACAUCGUCCCGUGCGUCGGCGCGGUGCGCGCGCUGCUGAAGGACGAGACCCCCGUCGUGGUGAAGACCGCGGCGAAGAGCGGGCAGGUCAUCUUUCGCGAGGCGCUGAUCCAGGCCGCGACGCUCGGGGAGGGUCCCGCGGUGCCGAAGCACGUCACCGAGACGUGGGCCGCGGCGCGCGCGAUCAAGGACGACGUCCGCGCGCUCGUGCUGAGCGAUCGCGCGAACGACGGCGUUCGCAUGCAAGCUGUCAAAUUUCUCGAAAAAGUCGUGCUCCUGUUCCACGGCGUCGACUGGGGCGCGUCGAUCGUCGCGCACGACCACGCGACGCUGUCCAUGGACGAGCUCCAGACGGAGGCGGACGAUCUCAUCGGCGUGCUGUUGGAGUGCCUGAAACCGGACGCGUGCGCAAAGCAGAGCGGCACGGUCACGCUCGUGAUGAUCGGCGCAGCCGCCAACGUCACGACCAAGCUGCCGAUGUACGCCGCGUUCGUCCUCCCCGCGCUCCUCGAGCUCGCGGCGUCCUACGCGGGCCAGACGGAGGACGCGGCCACCGCGGCGAGCGCGAGCGCGAGCAAGGAGCUCAGAGGGACGCUGCUGAACGCGCUGAAGAGCGGCGCGCGGGAGAUGGAGCCGUUCAGAACGGAGAUAGAGACGGCGCUCACCGAGCUCGGCGCGGGCGACGCCGUCGACGCGUGGAGACGACAGACGGAGCGCGCCGACGCGAAACGGAAAGAACGCGAGGCGGCGGCGGCGGCGCGAGGCGGCGGGGACCGGGACGCGGACGACCGCGCGAAGCGGCGGCGGACGGAGGACGGAGGCGGCGACGGUCCACAUUCCGGGGGUGCCGGUGACGGUUCGUAUUACGACGCGCGGCCGACGGACCCCGGGCUCGUCGCGCAGGUGCUCUCCACGAUCGCGUCGCUCGCGUAUUCCGACCGCGCGAUGCUCGACACCUUCGUGAGGCAACUCGGACCCGCCGUCCUCGCGGACGUCGUGAUGGCGCAGACGAUGGAGAACUUGCACCUCGUCGGGGGGCGGACGAUGAUCGACGUCCAGGCGGGGAUGGGACGCGGCGUCGAGGGGAUCAUCGAGCGCGCGGCGGCGCUGCACGCGGCGGGGGUUCGAGAGGGCGCGGCGCCGGGCGCGGGGGGGACGGGUCGGGCGGCGGAUCCGCACGGCGCUGUGAGUAACAUGGGCGCCGCGGGCGUGCAGUGCGCGCUCGCGGCGCGGUUGGCGACGUCCUCGGUCGCGGCGUCGUUGGCGAGCGAGGCGGCGGCGGCGGCGGCGCGCGAGGAGGACGACGACGAGGAGGAGGAGGAGGAGGAGGACGCCGGCGGCGCAUUCGCCGUCGGCGGCCGGCUCCCGGAAGGGUGCGGCGGGUUGCUCGUCGCGCCCCCCGGCGGGAGCGCGCACAGACCGCCCGCGGCCGCGGGGUUCAUCGACUACCUCGUUUCGUCGCUGCCGGACCCCGCGGCGGUGAACGCGGGCGCGAGGCUGCUCGCGGCGAUGUUCGUGAACGAGACGAUGGACGACAUGGAACGCGGCGACGGCGGGGGGCGUCUCGCGGGCGCGUCGAAGAAGGGAAUUAACGCGAAGACGAUGAUGGGCGGAUACGCGCGGACGCUGAUGACGAUCGCGGUCGGUCUCGUGGCGUCCGACUCGGCCGCGCGCGCGGAGCAUCUCCCGAAGCUUCUCGUGGACGCGCCGCACGUGCCCCCCGCGGCGACGCGGCUGCUCCGCGCGAUGUGCCAGCUCCCUCUGCCGCCGCUCCCCGCGUCCACGGCGAACGCGUCUUCGAAGACGUCGUCGGACGAGGGCGGCGGCGGCGGCGUCGCGUCGGUCGUCGACGCGCUCGGGUUCGAGGUCGCGGACAAGGAGCGCGUCGUCAAGUGGGGCGGUCGCAAGAUCCCGAGGAACGCGGAGACGGUGACGCUCGCGCUGAGCGCGUUGCAGACGAUCAUCGACCGCCGGCCGACGUGUCGCGCGUCGUGCCUCGAGAUCGCGCUCGAGUGCGCGACGCACGCGGACGAGACGAUUCGCGGCAAGGCGAUUCGCGUCGUGUCGGGGGGUUUACACCAGCUCCCGCACCUCGCCGCGGGCAUCGAGGCGUACGCGGCGCAUCACCUGGGAGAAGCCGCGCGCGAGGGCGCCAAGGAGCUGGAUAAGGCGAGGGCGCUCGCGGCGAAAGCGGCGGCGUCCAUCGCCGCGGACGUGAAGAAGAAGAAGGACGCGGAGGACGCGCGUCUUCGGAAGGCGGCGGCGCUGAAAGCGGAGGCGGAGGGCCGGAGCGUCGAGGACGUCGAGAAAGCGCUCAAGGAAGCCAAGCAAGGCAAGGAAGGCAAGGAUUCUGAAGAGGAGGCGGCGGCGAACGCGAUGCGCGCCGCGGAGGAGGCGGAGGCGAGGACGCUGCGCGCCGCGUCGGCGGCGGCGAUCGCCGCGACGUCGCGGCACCUCCUCUUGUUUUGCGCGCUGUGCCACAAAAAGCCGUCGCUUCUGCGGCCGCUGUUUCAAGCGUACGCGGACCUCCCGCCCGAGCUCCGCCCCGCGGUGGUCUCGAACGCGUCGUUCGACGGGCUCGUCCGCGUCGUCGGCCCGACGUCCGAGGCGCUCGUGGAGAUCAUCCGAUCCCCGCCGAAGGGUUCGGAGUCGCUCGCGCUGCGCGCCGUCGAGGUCCUCGCGGACGUCGUCGACGCGAUGAACAGAGUCGACGAAGCCCCCGCGCUCGAGGGCGGCGCGGUUCCGCCGCCGCCGCCGCCGAAAGCCGCGCCCGUCGCGCUCGUGCAGGCUGCGGAGGCGCUCUCGGAGGCGUGCGGCGGCGACAUCAAGUACGUGAUGCCGCUGACGAGCUCGCUCAAGAAGGACGUCGUCGCCAAGUCUCUUCUGCCGCGCGUCGUCGGCGUCGACGUCGACGCCUUCCGCGAGGUGCUCGACCGUCUCACCGCGACGACGCCGGCGAAGCCGCUGACGGCGACGGAGAUCUUGAUCGCGCUGCACGACGUCGACCCGGUGCGACACGGCGUGCCGCUGAAGAAGAUCAUAGACGCGUGCGGCGAGUGUUUCAAUCGCCCGGACGUCUUCACGCCGGAGGUUGUCGCCGCGGCGUUGCAAAAGAUGGUGGAGGCGACGCCGCUGCCGCUGCUGUUCAUGCGGAGCGUGAUCCAAGCGGAGCAAGCGGCGCCGAGCUUGCGGGAGUUCACGCUGGGGCUGCUGCGGACGUUGACGCGGCGGCAAGUGUGGAAGAUGGACGGGAAGAUUUGGGAGGGCUUCUGCAGGUGCGCGAAGCGCGCGACGCCGCGGUCGUUUCCGGUGAUGAUCGACCUGCCCCCCAAGGCGCUCGAGGAGCUACUGAAUAAGGCGCGUUCUAUUUCCACACUGGUCCCCAUACCAUACACCGCGUCGGCACCCGUGGUGAACGCCGUUCCUUGA